AUGUUAUCGAAUGGUACAACACUGUAUGAGCUGUAUGAUCAUUUCUCUAUUUCUGAUGAAGCUGAAAAGUAUCAGCUGUUUCUGUCUGGACCUGCCACGGGAACUUUAGAAUUUGGAGGUGACAGUAUGUUAAAUACUGAUUAUUCUUGGGCGGAUCUGUCUGGGAUGUAUUUUUCUAACCCAGAUAGAGAUAACUAUAAAUUGACUGGGGGUAACUGUGCUGCUGACAGUCAGAUGAGGGGCGGCUGGUGGUUUAAUACAUGUCACCUAGCCUUCCUCAACGGUCAAUGGUUCCCGGGAAACUGGAAGGAUCCCUG